AUGUUCACUAAAUUUCUACCACUUGUAUCUGUCCUCUUAGUAGGAGCUUUUGUUGGUGCCAGGAAAUUGUCAAACGAAAAUGUUUCUCUUGUUGCGGCAAAUGUGACCACGUCUGAUUACCAAGGCGGGAUAGAUGACAAUGGUAUUGGUGGAUUUGCUGCAGAUAAUGGUACUGCAGGUGGCACUGGGCUUGGUAUAGGAGGAUCCAUUAGUGGGGGAGCUGGAGCUGGAAUAGGAGGGAGGUUGGGUAUUGGGGUGGGGCCCAUUGGUGCAGGAGUUGAAGGUGGUGUUGGGGUUGGGGUUGGUGCUGGUAUUAGAGCAGGUGUUGGUGCUGGCGGCAUGGGUGGGGGCGGUGGCAGUGGCGGCGGCCUUAGUGGAGGAGUAGGCACCGGGCUUGGUGGAUCAACUGGUGGAGGAUUUGGCGGUGGAUGGCCAUGA